AUGGACGUUGAUAUGGAUGCUGCUGGAGCGGAAUCAGAAUCUGGCAGUGUUGACGAAGAAGAGGGCGUCGAUCCUGAAACGCUGAAUCGGCUAGAAAACGCUCUAGGAAAGGCGGCUGGGCUAUUGAAAGAGGAAAAACGCGAGUUGCGAUCGAUGAAGAAGAGUCAGACGCCUCCGACGUUGAUGACGCUGAAAUGUUCGCAAUGGAUGAUCGGCUUGCAGCGGCAUUCAAAGCGAUGGUACCGAGGAAAGGCCAAGCAAGCUUCCCAACUGGCAUCAGCAUUCCGAUUGAAGCUUGCCGAUUUACUUCUUUUCACCGUAUCAUCUCAAGAUACUCCUCCAAGCAUAAAAGUACAUAUGAUCAUCCCGUUACUCAAACUUGCAAAGCUCCAACUGAAGCAGGAUGCAGAAGGUUUAAAUUCAAGGAAAACGAUCAGUCUUCUGAACAUAGUGUCGCGGUUGAAGAAGAUGUGA